GUUGGAAUGCAGCAAAGCAUCCUUCUGCGGGCGUCCGCACGCACGGUCGCCUCGGUUCGUCUCACCAUGAGACGUAUGGCACCCCGAGAAGCCGCAAAGAGCCGACCUCGUGAUGGCCGCUUUACGCGCCAUCAUCUCCUUGACAGGAUGGCUCUCAACGGGGAGAUGUGCUCUAGGUCCAACCGACGUUGAUUUUGCGACACCCAGCAGCAGAACCGCCAUUGGACUCGGUUGUCCCCAUGUUAGGUAGUUCCGGUCAAGCUCCAUAGACCUUGCUCGUGCGACUGCUUUUGCUUCGGCUACCUCAGCACUAGUAGAACACCUCGAGCAACCUGGAAGGCAAGUUGUGCCAAUGAUCGCAAUGGCCGCGCUUACUGCAAGUAUGUAGAAGUCGAGUCUCCACGUAAAUCCCCUUCCUCGAGCCAGUACCUGUCGCUUCAUCUCCAGGUAUAGGCCCAUCAUGGCAUCAAUGUUCGCGUCGAAGCAACAGUUGCCAGGGUCGAAAGCUGUUCCAAACGGUGGAUUAGGAGGGCUUGUCCCGUCCAAAGGGGUAGCUGUCGAUCAAGAGAUAAUGGCGACAACCACGGUUCCGACGCCAGCCAAAGUCACUGGCAAGAGACGACAGAAACCUCCUCCAAUUCGAACUUCGGGCGGUGCCUUCAGCCUACCAACGACUCCCUCUCAGACUUCAGCAGUGUCAAGCUUGGGCUUUGCAGGCUUGUGGACUCCGAAGACACCCAAAGAUAAUCCAUGGCCACGUUCUCCCGGCAAAGCAAAGUCAAACGCGGUGUCUUCACCCUUAACGGGACGCCAUAAUUCUGCCGCUCCCGGUGACUUGUACUGCACACUUCCGGAAGCGCCAGUAACUUUCAUGUCAAAGUUGAAUUCACUACCGGUAGAGCUGCCUGGAUCACUCCUCCUGGCAAGUCAGGGUUUCCCACAAACCAACCCGAUUUCACCGCCACCGUCACUUCGGCUAGUCCGCAGAGACACAGAGGAUUCAACAACGAGUUCUGCACCUCCUUUAUCUACCUCAGCAUCGAGCGAUGAACUCGCCAUGGACUCCCUGCGAAAUCUAACAACCUCGACGAGAAGGAACGACCAAAGCACAAUGCAGACGUACAUUAUCGGCAACCGCCACGUUCAAGAAGCGCGAAUCACAAAGCCCUUCUCUGCAAUGACUAUUGAAGAACUACUGGACUACCUGCCGCAAUGUAAUAAUCCCACGACAAUCACACAGCUGUGGCUACCAGCGAUCCGAACUCAAAUUCAGAAACUGGCGGAGCUGCUAGAGGACGCUGCCGACAUGAAGGUUGACGAGAGUCUAAAUCAAAUUGCUAUCAACCAAGUACAGGAAUCGUGUGUGAUAAGCCAUGCUGUAACUGACCUCUGUCAGGACUUGAACGACUUUGCCCAAGAGAUUCGACUCGCCGCCACCUCGUUCCGGAAGAUUGUGGAAUCCGCCGAAUCCCUGGCUGAGCGAGACACGAAAAAUUGCCAUGAGCGCCUCAUAGAGCUUGAAGACCAGACACAAAAUGCGUUGAAGCAGAUUGAGAGCAAAGAAAAGGUGGUUGAACACCAAGGCAGGAAGAUUGAUGAACUGAAGCAUACCAUUCACGACAUCGUUCGAGUCCUCGGCACCUUCAUUCAAAACAACGUUUCAACCUGGAUUGAGACAAUUGACGAACCAAGAACGCAAGAAGUCCUUCAACUCAUCUCGGACUACGCUCCUCGUGGGGACAACAAGCCUAUUCGGUACGUUCGGGUUCCUGAAGCGACGAUCUCACAAUAUGCGCGAGCUAUGCGUGAGGCACAAGCCACCGUCGGCGAGUACCGCAAAGUCUUGUAUGGUCAGAGUGCGACGAUCAGCGAACAGUCACAGAAUCUCGAUGCAUACACAAGCAAGUAUGAGGAGGCUGUAAGCUUGGUGAAACAACGGGACCAUGAGCUGACGUUGCUCGUCCAACAAAACGAGGAUCUGACCAAGCAGUUGCGUGAAACUAAAGCUACAUUGACCCAGAGUCAACUCGUAGAUGUCGAUGUUGAGAUCAUGGGUCAGCAGUACGAAGAACAGCGUGUUAACAUGGAGAGCUUGAAGCUCGCACAUGAGAUGGAACUUGAGCAUCGCGAUGCCGAGAUCGCCGACCUUCGUCGGAAGUUGGGAAGUGCCCGUGAAGAAGUCUUUGCACGAAGAGAAGAUGUGAAGAACAUCAUGUCUCAGACACAGGCUAUGCUCCAGACGACAGCCCGUCAUCCGGAACCGACGAUUCGAAGUAGCAACGCAUCGAAGGCAUUGAGAUUCCUUGGAAUGGAGCGAGACAAAGACAAAUUCAAAAAUCGUUCCCUACCUUCGAGCCGGAGCCUUAUGGCUUUCGCACCUCCAAACGCCGGCGCAACAGCUGACUCGAAAUAUUCUUCCAAGGAACUCGCCCCGACAAUUAGCAGGCCCAUUGUCCAACAUCUAGGGUCGUUCGACCAGAGCUUAUAUGCUCAAACGAGCCCCAAUAGUCCAGUUGCUAGACGCCAAGCCUCGAGCGAUUGCAACUUGCCUUCAGCACGUCCAAGAGCUGAUUCACUAAGUGCGUUGCAGGAGUACCGUGUGCCGGCGUCCCCUGUUGACACACAGAAAACGUUACCAGAUCCUCCUGUACGACCCGCAGCACAUCGCUUGUCUUCCGCUCGGAUUGCAGAGAUCACACAGUCGAUUGCCAGUCCGACAGCGGCGCAGAUUGCCAGCGACUAUUUCAAAAAUAGUAUACUCGGUCAGACAUCCGCACGUCGAGUGCUAAGUCACAUUCCAGAGCUUUCGGGCCAUGGAUUGGCAGAAGCAGGCAGUCAGCGUGAUGGAGACGUUGAUGGAAGACGCACUUCCGACGAAAGUGUUGCCAGCAGUGACCGCGAGAUGUACCGACGGAGCGUUUGUGCAUUGGACAUGCUGAAUUCAUCAGCCCUUCCGUGCGACGAGACCGAGACCGAUCUUGGCCAAUACAUGCAGCGUGGACAAACCAGUACAAGCCCUGAUCGACAUCAGGACGAGGGCCUGGACAACACUGAAGACGUCGAGUUUCAGACGGGAGUGGCACGUGUCCUGCAUAUGCGGCCAGGCCAGAAUAACCUCCGAGACGUACGGACAGUUCGAAAUCGCCGCAGUGAGGUAGACGAGCAGGUCAGACAGAGCAUUGUAUCCGAUGGCUCUGGAUAUCAGACUUCAGACUCGGAACCGAUGACGGUCACUCAGCUGUAUCAUCAGAGUGGACGCCAUAUUCGUGGUUGAGUGUCAAGCCUAUCACGGUUCCGACUACGAGGGCUGCACUUGCCUGUGGAUGAUGGACAACUUGACGGUCAAUCGGCUGGCGCAUUUCUAACGGUGUUCAACUGCAUUGGUACGAGGCAAGGAAGCUGAGGCUUCGGAGAAAUCGGUUUCUCUACUCAUCUCCGGACCUUGGACACCUAACUACAGUUGCAGUCUAACCUUGUUUAAAUCACUUUGAGUUAUUCGAACGAUCGAGCCGACUGGCCAGAGUAAGGCUAAGACAGCCUGGAGAUCAGCUGUACUGGCAAGUUCGGUUGGAUACGACGUAUGAGAAGAAUUACUCUUAGCAAG